AUGCCUACCUGCAUUAAAUGUCAAGUCUUGACAAGCACAAGCAAACAUUGUCCCCAUUGUCGAAUUUGCUAUUGUUCAAAAGCAUGCCGUUCGGCGGAUUGGUCUCGUCACAAGGUAGAAUGUAUCAGUGGAGAAAGAGUUAGUUCAGACUCUACCUCAUCGAAUAUGGCAUCUUCUAAUACUUCAUUAGAACUUCAAGAAUUUGCCACACCUAGCUCAUGCAAGAAACUGUUUUGUGGCGGGCGUCUCUGCGCUAAAUGUCACAAGUGCCGUGAUUGGCAUUUUAGUGGUAAUCAGCAUACUUGGAAUUGGGUCUGUAAUUGGAAAAAUUGGAAUGAAGCGGAUAAAGAUCGUUGGUACGAUGACUAUGACAAACUUUUUUCCAAGCGCGAUAGUGCAACGUGUGAUGGUCGUUCUGCUUUUGAUGGCGGUGCUGGUUUGGGUAGUCUUUGUGGUGGUGAUGCUAGACUUGGCCGUACGAUUGCUGGUGCUGGUCUAGCUAGUGGCGGUCUCGGUCCUUCUGGAUUUGGUCGUGCUUUUGGGGGUUCUCUUAUUUUUAUUCGAGGUGAUGAUCUUGAUGGUCACUUAUGUUUGUGUGAGAAACAUUAG